UGAGGGAGCAGGCCCACUUUAGGCAGGCGGCAGUCAGGAAUGAGAAGGCUUCAGCCCGAGUAGGGGUACCGGUAGUGACCCCAGCCAGGAGGCCCUCUUCCUCUCCUCCCGCCCUGGUGGGUCGCCCGGAGCAGUGCAGGCCUGCCGGCAUCUCAGGCAGGGAACAGGGCCAGCGCAGUCCUGGAGGGGAGUUUGAGCAGGAGGGAGAGCAUCUGUGCGUCCGAGUGGCGAGUGGGCGGAGGAGCAGGCGACCGCAGACCCACCAAGCCGGCCUUUGAGCCUGGGGUGUGUGGGGGGUGUGUGUCAAGGGCCCCUUUGAAGGUGGGUAGGGGGAUGCGGCCGGCCAGGGAGAGCUUUAGGGGGCGGCAACCUUGGCAGUCCGCGACUUCAGCCGUACGCCCCGGGAACAGCUCCCCUGCGCCCGGGGCUAGUCAGGAGAGCGCGGGAGCCUCGGGGAGCAGGGCUGCAGCCCCAAGGAUCUCUGCGGGUAUCUGCUCCCUUCUCCAGCGGGGCGGCCCAGGUGGCAGCACCCGGGCUCGCAACGCGGAGGCGGCGGCUUCCCGGGCCAGGGGCGGCGGCAGGGGCGGCCCCGGGAUCACAUGGGCGGAGGCAGGUCUCUGAGCCCCGGGCGGGCUCUCCCCAGAGCCGGGCGGACGGCAGCGGGAGCGGCGGCGACUCCUCGCCCUCCUGCCUCUUUCUCGCCCUCCCGGCCCGACAGGUGAGCGACAGCCAGGUGAGCGCGCCCACCUGCGCACCCUCCGCGCCCCGCCGCGUCCUUCUCGGCGCCCUCGGCCCCUCGGCGCCGAGACCCUGUCCUCCGCCCGCCGCGCCGCUCCCCGGCCUCGGCGCUGGCGUCCUUGCCGGCUGGGCUCUCCCCGACCCGACCCGGCGCGCCUCCUCCAGUCCCCGGCCCCCGGGGUACUUUGGCCUCGUAGCAAAGAAGGCUCCAGAACUGGGAGAGCCGGGCCAUCGCUGGGCUGGGCACCUCCCCGCGGCGCCCUCAUCGCCGAGUCCACUGACCGGCUCAAAGGUAUGGCGCUGACGGUGGAUGUGGUUGGGCCAGCACCCUGGGGCUUCCGCAUCACAGGGGGCAGGGACUUCCACAUGCCCAUCAUGGUGACCAAGGUGACUGAGCGGGGCAAGGCUGAGGCUGCUGACCUCCGGCCUGGUGACAUCAUUGUGGCCAUCAAUGGGGAAAGUGCAGAGAGCAUGCUGCAUGCUGAGGCUCAGAGCAAGAUCCGCCAGAGCCCCUCACCACUGCGGUUGCAGCUGGACCGGUCUUCAGUUGCCCCUUCCAGGCAGACCAAUGGGGAGAGCUCCUUGGAGGUGCUGGCCACUCGCUUCCAGGGCUCUGUGAGGACGUACACUGACAGCCAGUCCCCACUGAGGUCUUCCUACUCCAGCUCAGCCUCCCCCAGCCCCCGGCCAGGCAGCCCCUUCUCUCCCCUGCCCCUUGCCAGCCCGCAGGCUCAGGCUCCAGAGGCAGCCAUCAGCCACAGUUUCCAGAGCCUGGCAUAUUCCCCGGGAUUUGCUGCCACUGACUGCCUGUCCUAUGGAGGCCACCCCAGAAGCCGACAGGCCGGCCUUGGCCGUGCUGGCGACUCUGCUGUGCUGGUGCUGCCGCCAUCCCCGGGUGGUGCCCGCUCCUCCAGCCCCAGGCUCAGUGUGGACUCAGAAGGUGGAAGCCACCUCCUGGACGAGGACUCAGAAGUCUUCAAGAUGCUGCAGGAAAAUCGUGAGGGGCGGGUGGCCCCCCGGCAGUCUAGCUCCUUUCGGCUCUUGCAAGAAGCCCUGGAGGCUGAGGAGAGAGGCGGCACGCCUGCCUCUGUGCCCAGUUCCCUGAGCCCUCAGUCCUCCCUGCCCACCACCAGGGCACUGGCUACCCCUCCCAAGCUCCAUACCUGCGAGAAGUGCAGCACCAGCAUCGCGAACCAGGCUGUGCGCAUCCAGGAGGGCCGGUACCGCCACCCGGGCUGCUACACCUGUGCAGACUGUGGGCUGAACCUAAAAAUGCGAGGGCAUUUCUGGGUGGGGGACGAGCUGUACUGUGAGAAGCAUGCCCGUCAGCGCUACUUGGCACCCCCCACCCUCAGCUCUCGGGCCUGAGCCCAUCACCCCUCAUCUGCCCUCCCUUCUGGGCCACUAGGCCAGGGCCCUGCCAGUCCCAAGUUGGCAUGGCGGGGGUGACAGUAGGCAGUGGCUCUUAUGUGAACUAAAUUCAGAGGCCUCAGGCCCCUUUGUCCUCGCUGAGUGAGGCCAAGGUCUGGGACCUGUCUUGGGCUGCAGUCUGGUGGCAGCCUCGCCUUCUCUGGCCUCUCCCCUGCAGGACAAGCACUGGGCCAGUCUGAGGUGGCCCCUGCGUUUCAUGUCUCUGUAUACCACGGGGCUGUGCAGAGUGGGACACAGAAGUAUCUAGAAGGAGAGAGGUGGGCCAGAAGCAAACUGUACUCCCUGUGUAAAGUUUCUGACAUAUAAGCUCUAUGAAUAUAUAAAUGUGGACAAAAUAAAAGAGAUGGGAUCUUU